AUGGCGGCUCCCGCGCCCAAGCUGUACGUCCCAAGAGAUGAGGCCAGGCUGCUGUUCAAGAGGUUCGGGAGGCCUCCUGUGUUGAGUCCCGGCGCAGAGGGCCCCGCCGGGACGCGGCUGGUGAUCUAUGCCAAGGCUAGAUUGCACAGCGACACGCGGGAGGGCUUUCAGGUGGACAUCACGGGCACAGUGGUGCAGGCAGCGGCUGCCUUUUUGUCAUGUUUGGAGCAGCUGGGCCACGGACGGAUCGAAAAAUCUGCUGAAGUUUGGCGGUACAUCGACGACUCUGGCAACAUGCAGGGCCCCUUCUCUCAUGAGAGCUUAGAGAGUUGGAAGAAGUACUUGUCUGCGGGCAGGUGGAUAGAGCACCAACCCAGUGGUGUCUGGGCCACACUGGAUAUGGUUGUUCCCAUUCUGGGAGAGGAUGUGUCAGCCCUUUUGCACAAUGAACGAAGGCAGGCACACGGCUCGGCUGGCAUUGCCAACGACGAUCAGUGCAGAAUUGCAAAUGGCACUGGUGUGUUUGUCCACAUGGCAGGAGGGGAGGUUGGCUGCACACAGGUGCAUGGCUCAAAUGGAAAUGCUGGUGAUGGCCAGCGGGCGAGUGCGAAUGGCACUGGUGUGUUUGUGCACAUGGACGGAGGGGAAGUUGACCACACACGGGUCCAUGGCUCUUCUGGAAGCGCUGGAGAAGAGCGCCAAGCAAGUGUGAGUGGGAAUGGCAUGAUUGUCCCUGCGCAAGGGAGGGAAGAAGGUCAGAAUGCGCCUUCCAUCCAUGGAGGCCGCAAUGGAGACCAAAACGGUUCCCAGUCCAGCACUGAGCAACUUGACAUUGGAACAGGAAGAUGGCAGAAUUUCCGACAGGCAGCUCAGGCAGCUCAAGCUGAGACGGCCAGCCGAGGCGAUGACGAUGCUUAUGUGCCGCAGGAGAUUCGAUUCGGAAGGGGCAGCGAUGCCCGCGUGGGACUACAAAGCCAGUACUACUGCCAGUUUGGUGAUGCAAGCGACUAUUUCGUCAACCAUGGCCGUCCUUGCGGCUGGAUUGGUCAGGGCAGUGGCAGUGGUCCUGGGCAGCACAACCAAUACGGAAAUGGCUAUGACCAGCAUAGCAAUGGCUAUGUUCAGCAACGACAGGGCCAGAAAAGUCAGCGCCCAGGAGAUGCCCAGCAGAAAAGGCAGGGUGGGCGAAGUGCAGCCCAGGCGUCUCAGCGGCAAGGUGCGCGUGCACCCAGGGGCGCAGCCAGUGCCCCCAGCAGCUCUACAGCCUCAGGAUCAGCCGUGGGGGGAAGCACAGGUGUGAGCCAGCAGCAAGGACAUGCAAACACAGAUACGCUAAGAGCAGCUUUGCUGUGGCUGCGCGAUCUAGUGAAGACCCAGCCGCCUGUCCAUCUGGGUGCAACGAAAAUCAUGCUGUAUGUGAUGGGGCAGAGCAAGGUGAUUGUAGAGAGGGCUGAAGCUUGUGCGCAUGAGCUGGCGUCCAUGACGAAGCGCGCUGACCUGUUGAAGCGGCUGUCUCGUGAGGUGGGCAACAUUGCCGACAAACUGGAGGAGGCCGGCAGGGCUCAGGGGGGAAGAGCGUCCAAGGAGGUGGCCAAGCAACUGAUCGGCUUGGUGACUGUACUGGUCACUACCUUUGCCGUCGAUGCUCAGAAAUUUAGCUACAGGGCUACCAGCAGUGGUGAACUGGCUGAAGACUUCAGGGAAUACCUGAGCAACAUGGGAAGAAAUGGCAACCUGCAGAGGACCGCUGAGGAGUUGCAAGGGUAUCGGACGCGAUUGCUGGCCAUGGCGACCAUGGGGACCGGGUGA